AUGUCCAUCGUAUCCCGCAGUGACGAACAGCCCUCCGCCCAAAGACGUGAUGGCGGAGAUCCCAGGCCACUUGCUAGUGCGCGACCCGUCAGCGUUGCAGUUCAACGUGCCUUCGAGGUUGAAAGUGGGGAUCUGGUACAUGUUCAGCACGCCAGACUUUUUGCCCAGAAGCAAAACGUCCCCACGCUCGCUUUGCAUCCCGUCCAUGGCCGUGAGAGCGACGCCAUCUCCCGGGACGCGAUAGACCAUCUCCACCGCUAUGAUGACGUGCUGUCCGUAUCGCACCAUCGCCUUUGCGAAGUCGUUGGGGAUCGGCGUCGUCCGGACCACGCUCAACGUGGUCAGGUCUAUGAUUGUGACCGAAUUCCCCGCCGCCCACAGCUUCCGAUUAACCCCGUCGUUGACCUCCAGGAGGCACGAUAUGGUGGUGUGCGUAGCGAUGGUGUUCACGCACUUGAAGCCGUUCGUUGCGCUGUCGAAGCUCCAGAUGCAUAUCUUCCCAUCCUCGCAGGCCGUCAAGACGGCCGUGUCCACCAGAAUGGCGGUGGUCACGGGCGCGGAGUGCCCGUAUAUGAGCGUGGAAGUGCCAGUUGGGAUGUGGUACACGGAUAUGUGUCCCGUGCGCAGCCCUGCAAACAGGCAGUCGUUGAUGCAGCGCAUGCUGAAUAUGACCUGAUCCGACGAGCGCCUGCCCCUCGGUUGGAACGAGUUCUUGUCCACGUAUUGCACGUUCAGCGUGAACGAAGUCUGCUCCAUCAGAGACACGCCGCCAUUCAUGUCGCCUGCCAGCGACAGCCUCUUGACGCUCGUCCCCUGGCCCGUGGCGAACAGAUCCAGCCUAGUGUCACUCACACGGCACACAGCGAGCGUGCAGACUCCCUUGUGGCAGACAUCUUGCAGGUAGCACACUCUCUUCAGGGUGUGGCGGUAGAGGCACUUGGCGCCGAACCGACAUUGAUCUGUACACGGUCAAUUUCUCUCUCCUCCCGCAACCUACCGUUCAGUGCAUGA